AUGCGCUUUUAUCCGACAUUGGCUUGUAUUGCCUUUCUUGCUUCUGACAUCAAUGUCUCCAUUAAGAACGCCGGACCGACUGAUCUGAGUCUCCUCAAGAUCGGUACAAUUCUUGACGAGCGACCUGUAGGAAAUGAGGUGCCUUUCAUGGGCAUUGAGCUGAGCCUGUACUACGAUGGACUCGAUACCAAUCACUUUGAGACGCUCAAAACUGGGUCAUCUAUCUUUCGAGUUGUUGACUUGUCGACCAUUUAUGACUUGAAACCCGGCACAUACUCUGUGUAUGCCGAGGGUAGUCUCCCUGCCGUAUCUGAGGAAUCCAGCAAGCCAACUCCCGUGUCGCUGAAGUCUGAACCCAUCUCUAUCAAGAUUGCCAAAGCUUCAUCAGCCGAGGCAAAGCAACAAGCAUCAAAGCGUACCAUUCUCCAGGAAGACUCAUGCACCGCCGACAAGCUCGAACUCACAGCCAACAGCGUGAAGAACUGCGAAACUCUUGCUCGAGCCGCAGCAAGAGAUGCGUCUGACGUUCAUUCCGCGAGAUUCGUCGAGUACUUCAAGUCCAACGAGACCAAGGCUCGCGAACACGUGGCAGGCCGACUUCUCGCCGUUGCUGAAGAGUGUUCUACUUCGGACAGUGGCAACACACGAGUUUUUUGCAGCGAUGAGAUCGGAUACUGUGAGAGCGACGGUCCGUUGAUCGCUUACACGACCUGGGUCAAUGGCUAUGUUACCAUGUGUCCGCUGUUCUACGACACGCUGCCACCUUUGCCACAAAAGUGCCAUAAGCAGGACCAUGCCACCACCACGAUUCACGAGAUGACGCAUGCUAGAGCCGUGUAUGAGCAGGAGGUUUCAACUCAGGAUUAUGCUUAUGGCUAUGAGAACUCUACUGCUCUGGAUCCUCUGUCUUGCCUUUACAAUGCUGAUUCGUAUUCGCUUUACGCCAACGCGGUUUACUUGGAUUGUUAA